AUGGCGGGAGCCCAGAUGCUAAACUACGUCGAGAUCGUUGACGUCUUGUGCGAGUUCUUUGAAGUCGCCGUGCAUUUCAUUCUCUAUCACCGAGGCGUCUAUCCUGCGGACCUCUUCGAAACAUGUCGCAAGUAUGGGAUCGCAGUCAAGCGAUCGAGGCAUCCCGAUCUCAAUUCGUACAUCUCCGAGGCAGUUGCUGCAAUGAAGCCCGAUAUGGAAAAGGGGCUUGUCAAGAAGAUCCAUAUUGUGAUCCUCUCAGACAAAUACGCCGCUCUUGAGCGGUUUACUUUCGAGAUCAAAUCGCUUGCGAAUCGCAGCCCAGAUCCCGGCCACCAACGACAGGGCAGUGUCUCUAUCAGCCAGCUUCAAGAUCACUUGCGGGCCUUUCUCAUGAAGCUCGCCACAUGCGAGGGCUAUCUGUCGAAUCUUCCGCAAGGCAUCACCUUCCGGAUCCAUGUGGAGAUGGAGGAGGACUUUGUUCCAGCCAGCAUGGGCAGUGAGGGAUCGGCCUGGGUGCCCGGCGAUGAGGACGAGAUCCGCGUGUCGAACCCAUCGAUCGUGCCGCUGCGGACUGUUGAUAUGGGCGCUAUACGGGUCCAAAUGUUUGUGGAAGAGGCCGGCCUGCAUGUUACCUCCUCGGACGAUCUGAUUGCCUGA